AUGAGGAAACCAGAAUACCAGAAAUAUCUAAUAGAAUACUCUUCAAAAGACUACCUAGUAGUGGGGAUCGAACCCACACCCUCUGGCGCAGAAGGCAGGUACACUACCGACUACGCCAUUCGGGUCGUCGAUGUUGUCGGAGAGAGAGAGUACCACAAUGAAGCUAAUGAAGUCACAAGGUGCGCGCAGCAGACAGCCAACAGAACGAGAGGUAGCCGCAACACACCAAAUCGUUCUUCGUUUAGCAGUGGCCGAUUGACCCGAGGUGGAGCUGCACGGCAGACCACUUCAGCUUUGGUACCAGUUAGAGAGAAGCAGGCUAGAUGUCAAGCAUGCGGUCGGCAGCAUAGUACUUCAACGUGCAAAUUUAGAUUGUACACAUGCCGUGUGUGCAAUAAAGAGGGGCACCUUAUGAAGGUGUGUCCAAAAUACCGGUCAGGCCAGGUGUGUGCCCAGCCGGUGAAACGACUCGAAGAAACCUCGAGUGGAGAGGACACCGAUGAAGAAAUUAGGGAGGUAGCUCUACUGAAGAAAGAGUCCUUGAGGCACAAAGAAAACAAGUUGAAAAUGCAAGGGGCACCCAACGAAACUUUCAAGUCGGAGACCCAGUUUGGA